GAUUUUUUGCAUUUGCUAAUUGCAUCGCAUAUUUCCUUCUAUUGUUAAUCUAGUUGCAAUUAUUAAAGUUAGCGCACAUCUGAUCAUUAUUUCGUCGUUUGCGUCUUGUCAAUACGGACUUAUCGUUUUGCAAGAUGAAAAGCCUCUGGUUGAUGGUGUUCGUGGUGUCGGAUGUGUCGAAUUUAAACUACGCCUUCGUACAAAAUGAUUUCGAUUUGUUUCCGGAACUGCCCCUCGGAGUGCCGAAUAGUGAUAAUCCGGUGUGUCGCGAGCAAAGUGAACUUUUCGUGGAUAGUUUAAAAAAUUAUACGUUAUGGGCUCACGAAAUGUGGGACGCCACGGUGAAGGCUUCGACUGGUGUCCUACGAGGGAACAUGUUCCAAAUGGGACAUUUCGAGCAAUGUCUAACAUCCAACCCGCCCUUCGAACCUCAAUAUUGCUUCGCCACUAUAACUAUUCACAUUCCCAAGUUGGAGAAUCCGGAUAGAGAUAUGCUGGCCAUAGAUUUCGAUCCUGAUGAUUCUGUCCUAGACAGGCUCUAUAGAUAUUCGGAUCGGACGAAGCAGCCUAGAGAUACAGUCAACCUGGGAUGGUGCAUUCCUGCCUCGUGUUCUAUUCUGGACUUGGAAAAGUCUUUGACCCACUAUUUGAGCAAUUUGGAAACGCCUUUCAAGAACAAAAACAUUACCUAUACCGCCCAGAUUAAAGAACAGUUUUGCCACAGGCCGAGAGAUAAAGAACUCUAUACUCCAGCGGAUAUUACAUUUGGCUUGGUAACUCUGAUACUUUUGAUCCUAGUAUUCAUAGCUACGGCCUACGAUUAUAGAAAGGCAGAGCCGAAUGGUGAGGAGAAACCAGUGAAAAGCUCAAAAUCGUCCAAGCUGAUUCUGGCGUUUUCUGCUAGACGAAAUUUUUUGGAAAUGUCCCAUACGGAGAACUCCAAUCCGGCUUUAAAUAUAUUGUACGGCUUACGGACAUUCUCAAUAAUGGUCGUUAUUUUGGACCAUAGAUUUGGAACAUUUACCUCGUCGGCGCUUAUUAAUUUUGACUUCGUCGAACACCAAUAUCGUGCAGCGUACUACGCAGCUAUGUUAUUCCACGGUGACUUGUUUGUGGACUCAUUUUUCUUAUUAAGUGGACUUUUGGUUGCCUAUGGAUUGCUAAGCCAGUACAAUAAGAGAAUAAUCAAUCCCGGUUUUAUAAUAUUUCUUCGAUACAUAAGAUUAACUCCAGUGUACGCCUUCGUAAUUUUUUACUAUGCGACCGUGUUCAACUAUACUGGCAAUGGACCCCUUUGGAAGGUGGUGGCUGGUGGUGACGUCGAUGAUUGCAAAAACAACUGGUGGACAAAUCUCUUAUACAUCAACAAUUACGUCAAUCCUGAUCAUAUGUGUAUGACACACGCCUGGUAUCUGCCAUGCGAUUUCCACUACUUUAUUAUAGCAAUUGGACUCUGUCUUCUCAUCCACAAAGAGAAGAAAUUGGGUCUAAGUGCGUUGUUUGUCGUGACUAUAGUAUCUAUGGUGAUCCCUUUUGUUCUAACGGUGAUUUACAUGCGGCCGUCCAUGUUGAUGUUUUAUCCAGAUUUCUUGGUCGGACCAAAAUCCCAUCCAGAUUUCCUCUUGACGUACAGCAAGUCGCAUACUAGAGCAACGCCUUAUUUUGUCGGAAUGUUCGCUGGAUACAUGUAUCAUGUGCUAAAAGGAUCGAAUAAACAUGUCUGUAGGAUAAAAUCUUGGAUUAUCAUUACGCUUUCUAUAGCCCUAAUUCUAGCUGCCAUAUUCAGUGGGGUGGUAUUUUACAAUCCCUAUCAUCCCUACAACGCAAUAGAGUCUGGGUUGUAUUCGGCCUUUCACAGACCCCUGUGGGCCGUAGGGAGCAUAGGUUUGAUGUACGUCACCAGCUAUGGACAUGCCAGUUUUUUCAAGAAAGUCCUCGAGUGGGGGCCAUGGAUACCUCUGAGCAAAUUACAAUACGGUGCUUACCUCAUCCACAUGCAGUUUCAGCUGAGAUCGGCCGCCAAAUUUAUGAAUCCGAAGUACAUAUCGUAUUUUGACUUGAUAUGCGUCGGCAUGGGUGAUAUCGUCAUGGCGUUCGCGGCAGCUCUGUGCCUCUAUUUAAUGAUCGAAGCUCCGUUCCGAAUUAUUUUCAAAGAGCUUUUGAUGUCGAAAAGGGAACCCAAACCCGUCGAAGUGCUGCCAACUGCGCGGGAAAACAUGAUAGCGGCUAGAAGUAACCACAACAACAAUUACGAAGACAGCAGAUUAUAAUAUAUUAUUAUAGUUUGUUAAAACAGUGUUAGAUAGUGGCAAUAAGUUUAAUUCCGCAAUCUAACUGUAAAUAAUAAGUAUUAAGAAUGCGGUGUUCAUUCCUGGCCGUCAAAUCCUAGACUAAACCAACCUGAUGCAGUGCUGAAAAUUUACCGCUCUUGUUUUGAACGCAAUCAGCCAAAAAGUAUAAAUCAAAAGGUUAUCACAUUAUGUUGUUACGGUCCCAAUCAAAAAUGUAGGCACCUGAAUUCUUAGAAUCUGAGUUAUAUCUCGAUAUACUUGUUCCAAAUCUAGUAAGUAACUAAGUAAAUAUCAUGUUUUUGCAAUCGUAUACGAGGUUCGACAGAAGAUACAAAUUUUGUUCAAAUAUGUCGUCUACCUCAAUAUUCAAAGUAAUUGAAAAGGGUUUUAAAACAAAUUAAUUAGAAUUGGAAAGUACAUGUAGAUAUGCAAUUACAUCCAUUUAACAUGGAAACUGUGGUUGUCUAAUGAUAUGUUUGUUAACUAAUUAUUUUUUGUAUUCACUUCCUUAUUUGUAAAAUAAAUAACUGUUUGAAAUGCAUUUAGUACGUAUUUAAAUUGCGAGUUUAUUCACAAUGGAAGAGUUUGUAUGGUGUUCGAUGGAUUUAAUAGAAUCCGUGAAAAAUAAAUAUAUUUUUACUACUUUAAUCCUAAUAUAAGUUUUUUAACAAACAUCGUAUAAGAAUACAAAAGACUUGAAAGAUUUAUUUUCGCCUUUAAACGUUGAACUUUAUAUAUAAAAUAAUGUUUUUUCAUGAACACAAUACUUACCCUUGCGAUUUCUUCUAAAGUAUAUUUAAGAAGAAUUCGGCAUUUCUGGGAAAUAUACUACGACAGAAAGACGAUGUUUAUGUAUUAUUACCCUGGUAUUGUUUCACGUCCACACAUUACAGGUCGAGAGAAAAGCUUUCAAAAAAAGGUUUCGACCUUUACGGUUGAUUGGCAAUAUUUUUUUAAUGCAGCAUAUCUCUUCGGUGCAAUUUUGGUUAAUUUUUGUAUGACUACGCGAAAUGAACAUCACUUAGUUAUAUUUACGUGUAUUAACACACCAGACAAAUUCAACUUUUAAUCGAACGGGGUAAAAAAAUCAUAUGGAAAUUAUACCCCGAAUUAUAAAACGCCUUUUUCGAAUACAUUCUAAUUAAUAGUGACAAUGCAAUUUGAUUUAAUAAUAAAACUUUUUCAAUCCUCAAUUCUAUGUGAUAACUCAUUCCCACA